AUGCAGUAGAUUUCUCCUGAGGAAUAACUAACUGAUUAACAGAUUAUUAAUAUAAUACAAUUAGAAAACUAGAUGGCUUAGAGUACUGCAAAUAUGUAAGCAUUUAGAUCUAAUUAAAUAAUUGUAUUGAAGAACCUGCGUAAUGAGGCUGUUUUCAAAUUGAUAUUUUCCUUUAUAGAGCUUUUGCUGUUAUUUUUGGCCUUUGGUUUUUUGCCGGAACCCUGCGUGGAUACAUCUUUAAGAGAAUUUUUCAUUUUAGCUAUAAUAGUUAAUGCUAUGUAAGCAUUUCAAAUGUUAUAUUUAUUAUUGAUAAUAUGGGAUGAUUUGGGAGAGAUAGACUCAAGUGAAACUGAGAAUCGAUUACCCUAUCCUGAAUACUCGUUCGCUAAUACUAAAUACUUAUCUGAUGCUAUAUCUGAUUAUCACAAUUGCUACAAGUUCAUUAAAUAUUUGACCAUAUUAUUGGACGUGGUGGUCUUCCUGUUCACGUAGGUGGAAUUGUACAAGAACUUGUAUGGAGCUUGCAAAAUUGGGGAUUCUGAAUUUGAUUUCACUUGGGGAGUGGCCUUCACUUAUUUGAUACUGAGGUAUAUCACUUUAGGGAUUCCCAUAUUAAUAUUUGUGAUUUAUGUAGUGGUGUUACCUUUUGCUUAUUGUAUCAAUAUACAAAGUCUUUAAAAAAUUAAUAGAGUUGGGGCAAGCCAAGAAAACCUAAAUAAGCUAAAGGUGGAGACGGUGGGAUUGGACAAGAUAAGUGAUGAUAACGAAUGCGUGAUUUGUCUGUCUGAAUUUAUUGAAGGGGAAGAGUUCGUAAGAUUGGAUUGUCAUCCCUAUCAUGUUUAUCAUAAGGGUUGUAUAUCGGACUGGUUGAAGGCUCGAUUGGAAUGUCCGAAAUGUAGAUAACCUGUAAAAUUUGACUGA